CCAGAGGAGGGCGCCUUCCCCUUCAACUGGAAGCGUCGACAAUUUCCAGUCCGCGCGGCUUUCGCCAUGACCAUCAACAAGAGCCAGGGCCAGUCGCUGCGCUGUGUCGGAGUCUACCUCGCACAGCCGUGCUUCUCGCACGGACAGCUGUACGUCGCCAUCUCACGUGUCGGCCACCCGGAUCACCUGUGCUUUGCUCUGCUGCCCACAAACGGCGAGUAUCGCACCCGCAACGUAGUCUUUCACGACGCACUCACAUGUUGACUUAGAAAUACCUUAUACCUUACCUUGACUAAUACACGGGAAGAAUUC